AACAUUUUCAAUGUGAUUCGAUUCGCAGCUGUACGUUGGGAGAACAAUUCACGCAUAAUGCGAAGUAAAAGCGACCGAAAAAGUACAAACAACGGAUAGUUGGACCUUAAAAUUCAACUUUUUGAACGUAAACCCUGAAUUGGGAGCUGAAAAGAUCCCACACUAAAUCUUCCGGUGCUUAACACCUACACCAGCACCAUGUUGGGCGGGAUCCCCCAGGUGGCCCAGUUGUACAGCCAGUCGCCGGAGAUGAACUAUUUCGACUCCGGCAAGGACGAGGCCGCGUUUGUCCGGUCCAGACCACCCCUACCCAGCGAACUGGCCCAAAGCUACAGGCCUCCUACCCCUUGGCCCGUCAGCCCGACCUGCCAGAAGGACUUUGUUCUGGUCUGUGAAUUCUCGGAGCUAGAGGGACCAAAGCCACUGAUAACGAUUCCCAAAGAUGGCGGUAGCAGCUUUGACAAGAACAUGUAUGCCGUCAAGAUCAUGGCCGUGGACUACAAUGCGACCAACUACGCUCGCUCAACGAACACCUUCAAGCUUUCAGAAGACACUUCAGUGGUGCUCGAAGACAAGAAAGAUGGUAGCUAUUCAUAUAUCCACCAUUUUACCCUGUAUGAUAUCCAUGCCAGGGGCUUCGUCAGACCUUUUUGUAUGGCCUACAUCACUCCCGAUAAGAACAAACUCCGCUCCAAUCUCCAGCACAUUAUGGCCUCCUUUCAUCAAGUCAGUCAGUACUAUCGCUAUGGCAACUACGUGAUCUUUCGGGAAGAGAUGAUCAGACGAUUGGCCGAUCUUAUCUUCACAAAAGAGAGCAUCAAGACGCAACUGGAGGAGAUGGAGGUGAAGCAGGAGGCGAGGGUGGAGCGAGCCAGGAGACACAUCCACAAGAACAACCACAUCUUGCAUCCCAACUCCAACUCCACCACCAACAACACCACCACCACCACCACCACCACCACCACCAGCAACACCACCACCACCACCAGCAACACUACCGCUACCAAUGGGAAGAGUAGUAGCGAAGGAGAGGAUGACGGUGGGAAGGAAAGAAGGAAGGAGGGGACGGAGGAGUCGGCGGGAGAUGCGGAGGAGCAGGAGCAGGAGAUCGUAGCGGAGCUGAAGGAGUACGCCCGGAAGCGGGAGGAGCUGGAGGCGGUGGAGAAAGCGAUCAGGGAGAUUGAGGUCAUCCUGGAAGCUGUUACACCUGCUCUGAAAAAGAACAAGAAGAUGGAGAUGAGGUACCGUCGUCUAAAGGAACGAUACUCCGACCCCCAGACCAAUAAGCCCAAGCCUGCCCCUGCGCAGAACAUCCAUCAAGAGGGUUACUGCAGUGAUGAGGAUAAGUGUAGGCAGCCUCACAAAUCAAGGCUCAGGAAAAGGAGUUCUAGUCACUCGGAGAUGGUUGAAGAAACCAACUCCAACAACGACCCCAACGCCCCCUACCAGCCCCAGAUAGUCCAAGCCAUCAACCCUCGCAGGUUCGAUCGCAGUCUACGAACCCUACACGAACUAUGCAGCUACGGGGCUAAGGAGGGGCUCAACAGGUUAAGAAAACUGCUGAAGUUUUACUGCCGAGAUGCAAACAUUCUUUUCCUGGAGAAGCAGGAGUCCCCCCUAGUGGAGCCGUCCGUCUCCCUCCUCACGAUAGGGAGAACCGUCACUCUUAACUUCCUCAACGCCAUCAACCUACAAUGUAUAGCAAGCUGUCAAUGGGAACUCCAUGGCCUUGGCAGGAGGUCCCAAGGCAUGUCCGCAUCCGUUUCCAUGGAGAGUUUCUCAUCCUGCCAGGAAGAUCAGUCCGUCUUUGACUCGCUGCCGCCCAGCUACGAAGCCCGCUUUGUCAUGGGAUCGACGUACGCCUCACUAGAAUCACUGUACUACGAGGUGGAUGAGAGCAUGGAGGAUCUAUUCUUGUGUGCAGACCCUACGACCCCGCUACUGGAUAAGGAGGGCCUCUUCAUCGAAGAGAGUUUUGGUAGCUGGGUCGACAUCUCUCACUCCUCCCUGACAGAUCAGCAAGCAUCAUCAUCAGCUUCCUCGACUUGCUCUUUCCAAUCAGCCUCCUCCGACCCUAGGACACACCCAUUCCCCGCCCACAACCACCAACACCAACAUCACUGCCAACCACGCCCAUCAGGGGAAGAGGAGGAUGAAGGAGCGGAGAAUGGAGAUGUUUUCUCAUCACAGGUGUUAGCUGACAUUCGAGUACAGCCAUCUUCCCCCUCAUCAUCAUCCAUUGAUACCGGUCCCUCGAAUGCUUUAUCGCCGACAGAGGAAAGGGAUGCGGUUGCCAUGGAGAAGUCAUCUGAUGCUGAGCCACGUCCACAUCUAUCUCACCAACCACACCGAAACAAGCUUUCAUCUGGGGAGGAGGAGGAUGGUAUAUCCAUGGAAACCAUGUCAAGCAAAGAAGAGGGGAACACCAAGCUGAGUCAUAAAGGAGCAAGCAGUAUAGAGAGCCUAGAGAAGUAUGCCUCAGUGCCUUCUGGGCAAGAACCAGUACUACGUAGGAAUACUAAAAUUCCAGUUGGGUGCUAUGCAUCUAGACUAGCUAGCACUAACUCAGAUCUACCAGGCUCAGGGAUCAAAGAAUUCAUCAGCCGUUAUGUCUUUGCCAUCCAUCUCAUCUAUGCACUCCUGUCCGGGAGGACCGUUGUCAUCGCUGCCUCACCGACCAAAGAAAGAGAGGUCAACUCUUUGGUCAGGACUCUAUGGCUGUUUGUCCCAGGACAUUCAAGUCGCUACCACCUUGUCGUACCUUGGCACACAAAGCCUCUAUGCAUGACGGAUCUAGCCAGGAUGAAACUCGUGGGCCUCUCCAAACCAAAGUCUCUAGGAAGAGUGGUGCCGUCGUCGGUACGCAGAUACGUCACCUUGUUCGACUACGACCACCAAACUCUGUGGACGCCAGCGUACAAGGGCAACAUUCUAGAUUCCAUCGUAAAUCGGAACAAGCACUUCCAGAUUGACCAGUGUUACCUUGCACAUAUACAGAGCGUUCUACUACAGCUAGCUUCAAAAGCAUUCCUUUACUAUCAUUCCUACUGCCUGAAUUCACCAAACUCACGUCUAAUCAACAGUACUUCAAGUGCAGACAGCACAUCACGUCUGAUGAACAGCUCCCCAGCGAGGGUCAAUUCUGCAUCGUUUCUCUCCAAGCUGGGCCUGGUGGAUGGGGACUGCAAGAUUGUUGAGUACUGGGUGGAGCUUAUCAAGCGACAGCAACUAGAUGAGAUCAUGAGGCAACAGGGCUACGCUGAUAUACCCUCCCCAAGUAUACGCCUGGAUCACCGGGUCUGUAACAGGUAUCAGAUGUAGAUCAAAGGGUACUGCUAUGUGUCAUGAAAUACCCUCCCCUAGUAUACAGUGUACAACCGGAUCAUCAGGUCUGUAGCAGAUAUCAGAUGUAGAUCAAAGGGUACCGCCAUGUACCGUGAUAUACCCUCCCCUAGUAUUCAACUGGAUCACCGGGUCUAUAGCAGAUAUCAGAUGUAAAUCAAAGGGUACCGCUAUGUACCGUGAUAUACCCUCCCCUAGUAUACAACUGGAUCAUCGGGUCUGUAGCAGGUAUUAGAUCCAAAUCAAAGGGUACCGCUAUGUACCGUGAUAUACCCUCCCUUGGUAGACAACUGGAUCAUCAGGUCUGUGGCAGAUAUCAGAUGUAGAUCAAAGGGUAUCACUUUGUAUCGUGAUAUACCCUCCCCUAGUAUACAACUGGAUCAUCGGGUCUGUAGCAGGUAUUAGAUCCAAAUCAAAAGGUACCGCUAUGUACCGUGAUAUACCCUCCCUUGGUAGACAACUGGAUCAUCAGGUCUGUGGCAGAUAUCAGAUAUAGAUCAAAGGGUACCGCUAUGUACCAUGAUAUACCCUCCCCUAGUAUAUGACUGGAUCAUCGGGUCUGUAGCAGACAUCAGAUGUAGAUCAAAGGGUACCACUAUGUACCGUGAUAUACCCUCCCCUAUUAGACUGGAUCAUCAGGUCUGUAACAGGUAUCAGAUGUAGAUCAAAGGGUACCGCUAUGUACCGUAGUAUAUCCUCCCCUAUGUAUACGCCUGGAUCAUCAGGUCUGUAGCAGGUAUUAGAUGUAGAUCAAAGGGUAUCACUAAGUACCAUAAUAUACUUGUUCAGGAAAGUUAUGUGUAUGUUAUCAUUAUUAAUCUAUGCACUGAGGGUAUACACAGGGGAAAGUAUUCUUUUCAAGAUGGCAAACAAAAUUUGUUCAUGACGCACCUCUACCACUUUGCCAGCGGUUAUUCUAAAAUGCACAAAGCUGGGACCCGUUUCACAAAACUUUUUUUCAAUGACAAAUGACAAAAAUCAUUGACAAAUCUGCUCAUAACCAAUCAGAAGCAAGGAUUUCAGUAGCUUAUAACAACAACUGUCAUUUGUCACUGAUGACAAGUUCUGUGAAACGCCCCCCAUGUUUAAAAAAAGAUCUUUGGAUAUAUGGGGGUCAUUUAUACACGCCCUUAUCUACGAAUCAAUCGUUUACGUUAUAUUGCAGGCCGAAUUGUCAUAUAUUUGUAUGUGGAGACUGAAUUUCUUCCAAAGAUUAUUUGCAUAUUUCUUGCCUUGUCUUAAUUGCAAGUAUUGUUUAAUUAAACAUUCAAACUUGCAUGAAUGCUUUAUUCUCCUUACAUUACAUUUAAGUCAUUCAUAUCAUAUGUGCUUCAAUCAGUGUUCCAUUUUUAUGUUUUAUACUCUAUCUUUUGUUAGGUAUUUGAUUAUUUUUUCCACAAGAUAUAUAUUUCCCCAUCAUCUUGUUACUAAUGCCUUAAUGAACUUCAUAUUACGUGUAGGGCUUGAUAUUCUAAUAUUGAGGCUUUAUACAAUUUUAUAUUAAAACUCUUUAUUUUCUUGCACGAUGAAAAGAGAACCUAUUGAUGGAUACUGAAUGUACAAAUUAAAUUAGCGAGGGACUUAGGCCACAAUUGUUUGAAUCAAUCAAAUAACUUCUUAUAUCACUUUAUAUACUGAUAAAUGUAUGUUGACUUAAUAUAUUGGUGUCGUUAAUUGUCAUGACAAUACUGACCAGGAUUAAAUGAAAAAAUGUUUCUGCUUUAAAGGCUUAUUUGUGCUAUUUAUAAAGUUGAAUGUGUACUUAGAUGGACGUUAUACUCAUUUGUAACUUGCGAAAGUAUUGAUUUUCUUGAUAUGCAUGUAUAUGUGACAUUUUGAAUGUGCAUUUAACUUAUAUCUCAGGUUGUGUAUUGCUAUGGGAAGAAAAAAAUGUAAUCUUGUUUCAAGGCCCGAACUUGAAAAUAUUUCAUCUCCGAUUAAGUUGCAAUGGGGAUGAUGAUUACAAGUAAGCUGUGUACAACGAAAAAAUGCAAUGAAUGGUGUUGUUUCGCAAAUGUAAAUUAUUCAUAUUCUGAGGAAGCACUUGUGAAUGAAUCUGCAAGAGGAUGUUUUAAAUAAGUACUCUGACCUGUUUAAGCUUUAACAACGAACAAAAUGUGUCAUCUUAAAGUUUAAGUUGAGUUCUGGUCAUGCGAUUUGAUUGGGAAAGAAACGAUGUGAAAGCGUUUUUGAAACGUUGAUCAUGAAGGCCUAGCACAUCAUUAUUGGUGUAUACUAUUGUGGAAUUAUCAAAAUGAUAAGAAAUCUACUGUCGAUCUUAUUUACUGGGUGUAAGCCACAAAUAUGUUAAAAUAAUCAAAAUUUCUCCCAGGAAGCAUU